UUAGAAAAAUAUGGCGGUUACCAACUAGGAGAUGGGUUUUCCAAUUGUCAGCUGUACUUAAAAAAUUACAAAAGAUGGCAACAGGCGGCACAGGUAGCGACAUUUUAAUGGUGGCAGCCAUUGAUUUUGGUACCACAUAUUCCGGAUAUGCUUACUCUCUUAAAGGGGAAUAUGAGAAGGAUAAGCUAAAUAUCCACGCCAAUCAGGCAUGGAACUCGGGAGGAAAAUCUCUGAUGUCAUUAAAAACUCCAACAUGUAUUCUCAUUAACAAAGAGAACAAAGAAUUUGAGUCCUUUGGAUACGAAGCUGAGAAUGCGUACGCAGAUAUUGUCAUUGAAGACGAGGCAGACAAUUAUUACUUUUUUGACAGAUUUAAAAUGAUGCUUUACACACGUGAGGAUAUCUCCACAAACAUGGAGAUCGAAGAUAUCCGAGGAAAUUCUCUACCUGCGAUAGAUGUUUUUGCUGCAGCCAUUGGAGCUUUAAGACAACACAUGAUGGAUCACGUGAAGAAGCAAAGAGUAAACUUGCAACCACAUGAAAUAAAAUGGGUUUUAACUGUACCAGCAAUGUGGACAGACAAAGCCAAGGAGUUCAUGAGAGAAAGUGCUGAAAAGGCAGGAAUCAGAAAAGACCGUCUUGUCAUUGCAUUGGAACCAGAGGCAGCAUCUAUAUAUUGUCAACACCUUCCUCCUGAUAAAAUGACUGGGGCCAUCGAGGGGUUUUCUGUAGCAGAUGAUGAUUCCAAAUAUUUAGUGAUAGAUAUAGGAGGCGGAACCGUAGAUAUCACUGCUCAUCACAAGGUUUGCGAAGACGAUCUACAGGAACUUUGUUCAGCAUCAGGAGGAGCUUGUGGAGGAACAACUGUUGAUAAAGAAUUCCUCACAUUAUUCGAAAAUAUCGUCCAAGAAAGGGUAAUGGAGACGCUUGCUAAGGAGAGUACUGCUAGUUACUUAGAUCUGUUGAGAGAGUUUGAAACUGUAAAAAGAACAAUCAGUUCAACAAAGCGACAAAAGAUCAAUUUUACAAUACCGUUUACCGAUUUGACUGCCCACUGCCUGCGUUUCUUGGAAAAAGAAUUUAAAAAUGCAGUCGAAGAUUCAGAGUAUCAUAAUCAAAUAACUUUGGCCGGAGACAAAAUGAGAAUGGACAAAGACUUAAUGAAGUCCCUGUUUAAUGCAGCGUGUACAAAUAUUGUCAAGGAGAUAAGAAGCGUACUGCAAAGAGUACCAACAACUAGUCUAAAAACCUUUCUCCUAGUUGGAGGAUUCUCAGAAUGUCCAAUAAUUCAAGAUGCUAUCAAACAGGCAUUCCCAGAGGUACAUAUUUUGAUCCCAAGAGACGAUCCUGGUCUCGCUGUUGUUAAAGGUGCAGUUCUUUUUGGUCAUAAGCCAGAUUUCAUAACAUCACGUAUUACAAGGUGCACAUAUGGUAGACGCAUCAGACCAUUAUUUGACGAAUCGAAGCAUGAUGUAAGCAAACGUGUUGGUGGAGAUGGCGAGUAUCGGUGCAGGGAUGUAUUUGAAGAAUUUAUGGAAAAAGACAGAAAAGUUCAAGUAGACGAGGUUGUAAAAGUCGAAUACCAUACUGUAAUGAAUCCCCAGAGUUCUGUGUCUGUUGCUAUUUAUUAUACCUAUAAAGACAAUGCAAAAUAUGUAGAUGAUGAAGGUUGUAAAAAACUUGGUGAAUUUUCUGUACCUAUCCCAGAUCCGACCGAAGAAAGGCGAUAUGUUGACGUUGAAUUUAAGUUCGGAGGAACGGAGUUAGAAGUCACAGCCACCGAGAGAAAGACAGGCGAAAGAAUACAGUAUAAUUACAGCUUAUUAAACUAGGAGAUGUUGCAUAAACGUAUUUUACCCUGACUACCGCUUAUUGGUGUUAACAAUUAUUGUACAAUUAAUUAAAAAGACAAUCGAUAUAGUUGAAUUAUAAAAACAUAAAUAUAUGAUUUGUUUGCGCGCAACACGUGUUCUUUAAGAACUUUACCAUCGAGACUUCACUUUGUUCAAUGCAAUUGUUCUUCCUAUUGUCUGCAACAUGAAUAAGAAAUCAAAGUACUGAAGUACUGAACAUCGGAUGACCUCAAGUUGUGUUGGAUUAUGGAUAAAUGACAGGUGUUUAUAUAAUACCUGCCAGACAGAUAUGUUCACCUUACAAUAUAGUACACAUAAUAUAAUUUGCUAUCAUAUCUGAGAUAUGGACUUGAACUAGGAAACUUAACUUUGUGAAUUAUCCAUGAACUGUUGACGAGGUCAAAUGAGACUGAUUGUUAGACUGGCAUUAUGACCUUACUAGUUGCACACAUACAAAAAUCGUUAUCUUAUUACUUAUAAUAGAGAAUCAACAUAGCAAAUAAUUCUUCUAAUAGUCACUGAACUAUGAAAAUGAGGUCAAGACAACAGUGAGAUAUUUAUUAUUCUAAUAUCAGAAAAAAUCUCAUAGUAUCAAAUCAGAAUGCAAGUUCUUUCUAUUGCGAUAAACAAUUUAAUCGCAUUAUUUACUUUAAUAAAAACCUCAUGAUAAUUUCUGAAUUUACAGUCAUGACUUAGCUUGUCAAUCUCUGCGCUUAAAAAUUGAAGUUUCCUAGGCCUAUAUGUCAUGAAUGUGGUUGAAAUACUGACAAUUUUGCUAACUUUUACCAAAAAUCUCUUUUUUUAUGACAUACAUUACAAUUUCAGAAAAAUAGCUGUAUAAAGUUAUAUAUGUAUCACAUAUCAGAAUGCUAGUUUGUAUCAUCAUGAUUAUUGCAAUAAGUUGUUAUUCAAUUAAUUAAAAAACAUCAAUUAUU